AUGGCUCCUGGAAAUGGCUCUUUUAUGACUCAGUUCAUAUUGGUGGGAUUAACAGACCAACCAGAUCUCCAACUCCCCCUGUUCUUCCUAUUUCUAAUAAUGUAUAUAAUCACAAUGAUGGGAAAUUUGGGCAUGAUGACUUUAAUUGGGCUCAAUUCCCACCUGCACACCCCUAUGUACUUUUUCCUCUUUAACUUGUCAUUUAUUGAUCUUUGUUAUUCUUCUGUGUUUACACCCAAAAUGCUGAUCAACAUAAUAUCAAAGAAGAAUAUUAUCUCCUAUAUGGGAUGCAUGACUCAGCUUUACUUUUUCAGUUUUUUUGGCAUUUCUGAAUGCUAUGUGCUGACAUCCAUGGCCUAUGACCGCUAUGUAGCCAUCUGUAACCCACUAUUGUAUAACAUUGCUGUGUCCCCUAAAGUGUGUUCCAGUCUUGUGCUUGGUUCAUACCUAAUGGCAUUUUUUGAUGCCACUACCCUUAUUGGAUGCAUGCUGAGACUGACCUUUUGUGAUGCAAAUACUGUCAACCAUUAUUUGUGUGACAUCCACCCUCUGCUGCAGCUCUCCUGCACAAGUACCUACCUCAUUGAGAUGGAAGUUUUCAUUGUGGGAGGCCUAAAUAUUAUCAUACCCAGUCUCACCAUCUUUAUCUCUUAUGGUCUCAUCCUCACCACCAUCCUCCGCAUUAGCACCAUGGAGGGAAGAUCUAAAGCCUUCAGCACCUGCAGUUCCCACGUAAUUGCUGUUUCUUUGUUCUUUGGAUCAAGUGCUUUUAUGUAUCUCCGACCAUCUUCGGUAUCCAUGGAUGAAGGGAAAAUCUCUUCUGUCUUUUACACCAAUGUAGUUCCCAUGAUGAACCCCUUAAUUUACAGCUUGAGGAAUAAAGAUGUUAAACUUGCUCUGAGAAAAACCCUGAGGAGGGGAGAGUUUUGA